AUGCCUAAAAAUUGGGAAAUUUCAAUAGUGAAAAUUGAGUUUCGCAUAAAAUGCUACAGCCCGCAGCUUGCAAAGGCGCUGUUUUUGCCAAAGACUGCAGCAAGACCCUGCACUACCAUUGGAGUGCUUCGAAAUAAGAUACGCCAAUCCAGGUCACUUGAAUUUCAGCUGCAGAUCAUACUGCGAGCGGAAGGAAACCGACUUUCUCAUAGAGCGCAAGCUUCAUUGGCUUUCGACUUUGACCCAAGAACUGUCAAAGUAGCGUUUCCACUAAUUUAUCUCUUCAUUUUUUUACUUUUUUUUUUUUUCUUUAUUUCUUGUCCUUCACGCUCGAAAGAUGGGGAAAAGCAUAAUAAUAGGCCGCAUGAAGACGCGGUGUGUAUUUCUCGUAACCUAAUGAUAUGGCCAUCCUAG